UGCGUCCGCCGCCGGCUGCUGAGCGUCUCUCCGCACGCAUGCACGCAGCGAGGCUGCAGACUGGGAGCAGGACCGGUUUUGGGAUUUACCAUUCCGAUUGAACACCUGGAUUACGAAACACCAUUUCUAUUUUGUAAUUUUUUGUUUUGUUAUUUUUCUCGAGAAAUAAAUCUGCCAACAUGUCUCGCACUCCAGAUACUGUGAGCAAGCUUACUGAAAGUACAUACAAGAAUGUGAUGGAUCAGUUCAACCCAGGCUUGAGGAACCUGGUCAACCUCGGGAAGAGCUAUGAGAAGUCAGUCACAGCAAUGACCCUGGCUGGAAAGGUCUAUUUCGAAGCCGUCUCAAAGAUAGGAGAGAACGCUACCCUGUCUCCAGUCUCCAGGGAGCUUGGUGUGGUUCUGAUGGAGAUAGCAGAUGCCCACAGGAAGGUCUACAAUGAACUGGACGAAAACUUCAAGAGAUUCCACAAAGAUGUUAUUAAUGAGCUGGAGAAAAAGACAGAGAUGGAUGUUAAAUACAUGAAUGCCACCUUCAAGCGUUAUCAGUCAGAGCAUAAGGUGAAGCAGGACUGCCUGGAGCGCUCUCAGACAGACCUGAAGAAGCUCAGGAGGAAAAGCCAGGGGAAGCACUCAUCCAAAUAUGAGAUCAAAGAGAACGAGUACAUGGAGACCAUCUCAUCGCGCCAGAUGGACAUGCAGAAGUUUAUUGCCGACGGCUGCAGAGAGGCACUGCUGGAAGAAAAGCGGCGCUUCUGUUUCCUGGCAGACAAACACUGCAUGUUCUCCUAUCAAAUUAGCAACUUCCAUGAGAAGGCCAAAGACAUGCUGUCCGUGAAGCUCCCCAGCUGGCAGGAAAAAUGCAGUGACAUCACCAAGGUGCCGGACACGGUGGAAACCAUGAUAGAUGGGCUUGCCACCACUCCAGAGCAAUCGCCACUUGUUCAACGCUACAACAGGAACAACGUGGAGUCAGCAGUGCCCCCUCCAGCACCGCCACUAAAGGCUCAGAUCAGUCCACUAGCCAACAUGUUCAACCCAGAUCCCAGAUCUUCACUCACCUCCUCUUCAGACCACAACUCUGACCAGGGCAGUCUCGGGGACGACAGCCUGUCCAGAUCGACAUCCAUGUCGUCCGGUCUCAACGUGGGCAGGAAGUCGCGGGUUAGGACCAUCUUCCCCCACACGGCGGGCAACAACGACACACUCCUCAGCUUUGACGACGGCGACAUCAUCGCCCUGCUCAUACAAGAGGAGAAAGAUGGCUGGCUUUAUGGAGAGCUGGAGAAGACACGGCAGCGGGGCUGGUUUCCGUCAUCUUACUGCAGACCUUAUACUGAGUCUGUGAUAUCAAAUAGCAGCAAUUUGAGCACCCCCGUGCGUAGUCUGAGCGUGGUCAGUCUGCCAGAGCAGGAUGAGGAGGGGCCGGUGUUGCUGCCGCCACCAGACUACAGCGACGUGCUCCCCUCCAGGCCAGCGGUCAUCUCAACACCCACGUCACAGAAAACGCAGGUUUCUUUAGUCAAUGGGAACGCAAAGGCUCCUUUUCUAGGAGGAGGGAAUCCAUUUGCCACGGUCAAGCUGAGACCAACUGUCACGAAUGACAGAUCAGCACCAAAAGUCUAACACGGAGCAGGAGGAUUUUCACCGCUGUCAUGCCUUUUUGGGGGAAUCAUGCAACGUGGGACCCCUGCAACAAACCAAAUAUCACCCUAACCCGACAUCUCAUUAGCCUGCAUCCUAGUCUGUCUCAGUACCAGUCUGCUCUACUGAAGGGAUCCAUUGUUUCUUGGUAUAAAUGUCUUUUACUGUGCCAGUGUUUGUUUUACAUUAGAUACAACAGGGAAACAUUACAUAAUAUAAACAUAAAGGAGCAGGAAUUUUGAUAAGCCUUGUAGUACAGAGGAAAUAUUUGGAGUAUCAGUCUGUGUCUGUGCUAAUAAUUAUUAUAAGUAAUAAAUCACCCCAAAAUUAAAACUGAGACUGUCUGAUCACCACCACGUCCCUUCACUGAAGUUAAUAAGACUUCCAAAUUCUCUCUGUUAAAGCACACAAGUAAAAUUGCUCUAAGAAGCAUGUACAACAUAAUGCAAGUGAUUUGUAUCAUGUAAUGAUGUAAUGAUACAAAAGCUGCAAGGAACCUCACGACUUUAGCGCCAUGUUAGCGGCUCUGGGAUGCUAUAUGCAGGGACCCUGGUGCUUUGAACAAAAUGCUAACACUGGCAUGCUAACAUGCUCAGAAUGGGGAUGCUAGCAGGUAUAAUGUUUACCAUCCUCACCAUCUUAGUUUAGCAUUUUAGCAUGCCGUUUGCUAAUUGGCCCAAAACACAAAGUGCAGAUAAGGCUGAUGGGAAUUAGUUUUGCACAUAAACUAAAGUAAUGGAAAAUUUUGACCUAGUAGUGGUGCUAUAUUGGAAGUUAUUACAGUUCAUCCUGAGGUGAAUAUGACUUUGCACCAAAUUUCUUGGCAAUCCAUCCAAUAGUAAACAGUCAAAAUAUUUUCACUCAAAGCCAAGAUGUGAACCUCCUGGUGGUGGUAGAGGAGAAGUUAGGAGAUCGCCAGAGUUUCCCUGGGAAACAUGAAUGCCUGUCUAGUAGAUGAAGAAAUAUUUCACAGGAUAAGUGAAAAGUUUGACCUGCUUGUGGUGCUAGAUGAAAAGUUAGAUCCUCAAAGUCGUUAUUAGGUAUCCUCUGGGGACCAUGAUUAUCUGUAGCAAAUUUCAUGGCAAUCCAUCAGAUAGUUGUAGAGAUAUUUCAGUCGGCAACAGACAAGCACUGCCUUCCUAAGAGCCAUGCUGCUAGCAUUGCUAAAGAUCUGUUUGCAUGUAUCACAUUAAAAGGUGUAAACUGCCUUUAGCAGCCUAAAAAUCUGUCUUAUUAACUUCACUAGUUUGGGAGAAGGCUGAUACAGAGCUAUUGGGGCUACAGUAACUGCAUGUCUAAUGGAACUGACAUGGAAAUUAGGGGGGAAAAAACCCUGAAUCAUCAUUUUGAGAUGCAACGUCCCUUCAAGAUGAGAUGAUAAUGCUCAGACUGUUUCAUGAGGUCUGUUCUGAGCUUGUUUGUGCUGCAGUCACUGCAGUGAUAAAUGCAUAAUGAAGAAUUUCAAAUGUAAAUGAUGCUGACCUGAUGCUGAAGAAACAGACCAGUGGCCAGGCUGUCUUCCUGACUUGCCAAAAAAACAAACAUUAUUUCUAUUUUUAUUAAUUAUUUUUGUCUUUCUUUUCUUUAAAAAAAAAAAAAAGAGACAUUGUGAUAUACAGAGGUUGUGAGAAUGAAGGGAGAGUGACGUGUUGGGGAAAAGGGUUUGUCAUUUGAGUGACAGCAAAACAGUAUGUCACUGUUUAAAAUGAGAAGGCUAUUUAUAUACAGUAAGUUUAUAUAAGAUAUUUGAAUAAAAUACACAUGUCCCUUCAAAUACAAUUGCCUCUGAUGUGCUCAAUCAGAGCCGUGGAUCCCACACUGGUUUUGAUUUGACUGCUGGUAUGUGAUUUAAAUGGGUAAAAUGACCUUUUGAUGAAAGGGAAUUUUUUUCACUCCUCAUGGUCUCACUGUUUUUUAGUGUACAAUGCACAAUUUAUGCACCAUGAAAAUGUACCUUCUUGGCUGACAUUUUCAUUGUAUGUGAAUAUGUUGGGUCACAGUAAUAUACAAAGUAUUAAACAUUUUGUGAGGGAAUGGACUUUUUUUGCCAUGUAUUUGCUUUGCAGAUUGUACGCUGUAUGAUGACGAAGUGAUCAAUGAAACAGUUUAUUGAUCCCCAUAAACCCACUGAUGUGUGUACAUGAACUCAUCAUACCGGCAUUGUUAUUCCCACAUGCUUCCUUCGGUGAGCACCUUGCCACUGUGUUAACCAUGUAGUCUUUUUUUUUCUCAAUAAAACCGGAUAAAGUCUGCAUA